UGCGGCUCUAUGACAUGGUCUGGCCGUUAUUUACCGUCGGUGUUACAUAUCUGAUGCAUAUACUCCUGCUUGACAUCGAUCGCGAACCCGCUCACGCGGCUGUCAAUCAUCUGCCGACCCCAGAUGAAAGGCCCUAUGCUCUUCUGCUGCUAACCGGACAGUCAGGAGACACACGUUUCUUCUCCAUCAUGGCCAGCGGGAACUUCGGAGUCUUACUUUCUUUGAGUCCGAAGGACUCCCUCAUUCGAACUACCAUCACCCAGUAUUCUCCUGCCAUGCUGUCUCUUGUGUUGCUCCUUGCAGCCGUAGAAAUCGCGUCGAGCGAUCCUAUCCACUAUCCUCCAGCAUCGACGAAUAUCAACAAUCUCACUUUUGCGCUCUUCGGCUCUGGAGCUCCUGGAAUUUUCGACUCGUCGACUACACCUGAUUCGCAAUAUGGAGUCUACAAUUGGUGCAAUAUGCCGCACGUCAGGCAACGAGAAUACAAGAUGCCGCACAAGAACUUCACGCUCCAGUAUGUGGAGGUUAUCCAACGACACCAUAAACGAACCCCCUAUUCCUCAAAUACGUUCUUCAAGGAAGAUGUUGAAUGGUCGUGCGUCGGUUCUGGACCAACAUUCGGGUCGACGAGGACAACACGAGGAGGAUCAGACGUCUCUCCCGUACAGGGGCAAGCUUUCACGGAUGAGACCAAUCCUUGGACGACAACUGUUGGCCCUGGCUUUAUUGGAAGCACGUGCCAAUUUCCCCAGAUAACAAACGAGGGUCUACAAGAUUCCAUUACCCAUGGCGCAGACAUCCGUGAGGUGUAUGCGUCCCGACUCAGGCUUGCGAGACGUCUAGAUUCAGAUACCGUCAAAAUUCGUGUAACCAACAACGUGAUAACUUCACAAGUUGCCUCCGGUCUUCUCGCAGGUCUCUUCCCCACCUCUCGAUACCAACCUCUGGUGGCACUCAUCCAGUCGUCUACAUUCGAUUCCCUCGAACCGAGAUACUCGUGCAACAGAGCCUCGAACAUUCGCUCGGGCUACACGACAGGAAGCUCUGGCCAGUUGUGGAAAUCUCACUUGACUCAAGCUGCCUCUCUUUAUGCACAGCUCGACGCGGUGUCUGGCAUUGCAAGUUCUGAUACGGCAGGAUGGCAUACUAGCUUCGAUCAGUACUUUGAUAACUUCAGCGCAAAACAGUGCCAUGGAAAGAGGCUGCCUUGUAGCGUGAACGCCACAUCCAGCUGUGUCACACAGGAGCAGGCCAACACGGUCUAUCGGCUGGGUAAUUGGGAAUACUCGUACCAGUUCCGCGACGCGCCUGCAUCGGCUCAGUAUGCAGCAUUGAGAUAUGGUGCCUGGUUUCUUGAGUUGAAAGCCCAUCUCCAGGAAAAAGCGGAUGGCACCUCGAAGGUCAAAUACUUCCACAACGUUGCCCAUGAUGGCUCAAUAUCUCCGCUCCUUGGCUUCCUGCAAGUUGACGAAAUGGUGUGGCCUGGAAUGGGCUCUGAGGUUGUAUUCGAACUGUACAGGCACCAAUCUGGCCACUUCGUUCGCGUCCUUUGGGGUGGUCAACCCAUGAAGACGUCCACGCCGCUCGGAAUACUUGAUAUGAUUCCUCUUGAAAUUUUCUUUUCAUGCAUUGAUUCCAUGGUUGGAAGUACAAGCCAACUGUUCGCGCAAUGCAAUUCAUAAG